UUCCCCCAAAAACAUUCCAAAAGAAGAAAAAAAAAAAAAAAAAAAGCACGGUCUCAAAUUUUUUUUCUUCUUUUUCCAAAUUCGCGAACCGCCAUAUCUGAGAGAUCACCUUUUUUAUUUUUAUUUUUGUUCUUCUCUCUUUAUCUGGGUUUUUGAAGCCCUUUUUCCGCGUCGCAUUUCGAGAGCCAAUAGAGAGAGAGAGAGACAGUGUGGAAGUAUUUUUUUUUUUUUUUUUCCUUUUCAAUCGGCAUCCAAUAGAGUUGGGGGGUGGGUUUUCCACUGUGAUUUAGAAGGUGGGUUUUUUAUUUUUUUGGAAUGUGGUGGAGAUGAACGAGAACAAGUUCCAAAUCUUCAACUCUUUACCUGCAUAGUUGUGAAGAGGAAGCAAGCGUGCAGUUUGUUUUUUACAUAUAUAUAUAUAUUUGUGAUGGCAAAGCGCGUGUACGAAGUUUGGAAAGGAAGUAAUAAGUUCAUACUUGGUGGAAGAUUGAUAUUUGGGCCAGACGCCAGGUCACUGCUCGUUACUUUGCUGUUGAUCAUUGUUCCUGUUGUCGUCUUUUGCGUAUUUGUUGCAAGGCAUCUACGGCAUGAAUUCUCACCACAUAAUUCAGGAUUUGCAAUUCUGGUGGUAGCAAUUGUCUUUACCAUCUAUGUGUUGGUGCUUCUUUUUCUUACUUCAGCCCGGGAUCCGGGGAUCAUUCCACGAAAUUUGCACCCACCAGAGGAAGAGUUUCGUUAUGACCCUUCAGUAUCUGUUGAUGUUGGGGGAAGACAAACUCCAAGUCUUCAAUUCCCUAGAACAAAGGAAGUAAUGGUCAAUGGCCUUCCUGUGAGGGUGAAAUAUUGUGAUACAUGCAUGUUAUAUCGUCCUCCACGUUGCUCCCAUUGUUCCAUUUGCAACAAUUGUGUGGAACGUUUUGAUCAUCAUUGCCCCUGGGUGGGUCAAUGCAUUGGAUUGCGAAAUUAUCGGUACUUCUUUCUGUUUGUUUCUUCUUCAACUCUUCUUUGCAUCUAUGUGUUUUCCAUAUCGGCUUUGUACAUCAAGGUUCUGAUGGAUGAUCAUGGCACAGUCUGGAAGGCAAUGAAAGAAUCUCCUGCCUCUGUGAUUUUAAUGGCAUAUUGUUUCAUCUCUCUUUGGUUUGUUGGUGGGCUAACUGGCUUCCAUUUGUACCUCAUAGGUACAAACCAGACUACAUAUGAAAAUUUCCGGUACAGAGCUGACAACAGGAUCAAUGUCUACAACCGCGGCUGUUUGAAUAAUUUUCUUGAAGUAUUCUGCACAAAAGGAAAGCCAUCUAGGAACAACUUUCGAGCAUUUGUUCAAGAGGAGGUACAGAGGCCUCCACCAUUGCCCUCUCCACGAGAAGUGGAGCCAGAUGAUUUGGGUGGGGAUCCACGCGCAAAGGUAGAAGAUGAUUUAGAGAUUGGUGAAGAUCUGUUAAAAAUUUCUCAGCGCCGUAAUAUUGAAGAAAUUGAUGACGACAUUCGCAGUAGAGGUAGCAGUGGACCUCCCCACAAUUUUUCUGAGGGUGGUGACUCUGUUUUAGGUUCAGACCAUCGGGCUCCGACGAUACGAUCGGAUGCUCGACACUCGAGUUGGGGAAGGAGAAGCGGGAGCUGGGAAAUCGCACAAGAGGUCCUUGGUAACACAAAUGUGACCGAGAGCAGAAGUUAUGUUACUGCAAAGGAUGCCCGAUAGUGAUUGGUAGAAUGUAAAUUUGAUCUUAGCAUGGCAACCAUGGAGGGUGAUGUGUGAUUACUGGAUACUUUCCUGUUGUGGAAAGGAAAUUGCCAUUGACCAGAAGCUUACAAUUAUGCCAGUGGGGUUUAAUGUUCUCCUUUUGGGUAUAAAACAUAUAAUUUUUUUUUUAAUUUUAAUUUUUACUUUUUCACUUUUUGGUGGGAAUGCAUGCUCUUUUAUUUCCUUUUAAUGAUAGGAAUGUGUGUUUGUAAUUGUUUGGGAGGUAAGGGGAUAGCUUCUUUGCUAAUUUUUCAUUUUAUUUUAUUUUAUUUUUUCCUCUCUC